UAAACCGCCGCUCAUCGCCAACGUUGCUGAGUUGUUUGUUGGCAGCGGCAGCACAACACACAGCCUGCGACGUGAAUGAGCUUGGGAGAAGGGGAACGUCGUUGAAGGGCUGGCUGGUGUACAUAGACCGGACUGCACGCACGAGAAUAAGAGGGGUGUGGUGUAGACAGUACAUACGACGUCCUAGGAGUAGCAGAACAACCCGCGAUGGAGACGCCAGAACGGUCAUCAAUAUCGAGCACCCCGCAGCACUUUGGACUGCUCAGCAUCAACAGCGGCUCGGCAUGGGCUGCAGAAGAUGACUUGGACCGCGCCAACGCCAGGCUGGUGGAGCGCAUGUUUGAGGUCAUUGACCGCAUCCUAUACCGCCGCCCUCUCCUGCCCGAAGACAAAUCAUAUGUAACGGCAGCUGUGAGACGGGAGUGCGAGGUGUGGCGCAGCGCAUACCUGCACAUGGAAGCGCGCGGCAACAACCUCGCCCCAGAUGUGGAAUCAGGCGUCGAGGCAUUCGUGCCAGCGUCAGAUGCAGACUUCCGACCCAUCUCGCCGCUGCACGUGCCCUCGUCCUCUCGCAAUGCUCAAGCAGACGUCGACGGUGUGCACGAGGACAAACGACAACAGGGGCACCACAGCACUGGCAACACCGCCACCUUGGACCUGUGCGUCGAAGGCACGUCCGCCACUGCCACCGCCACCGCUGAGGAACGUCACGGCCACAGUAAUUAUCUUCAGCGCGUCGCCCUUCACCCAGCAGACGAUAUCCAGGUGGACGAGACGUUCAGCACGGUGUACCGCCCGAUUCGCCGCAACGUCUCAUCGUCGGAUAUGAGCACUGACCUCGGCGACAUAUCCCCCUGGCCAACGACAUCCCCCAUCGCUGCUGAGUUGACUUCGUCAGGACUGCCACCACUCCGCACCACCAACGUGGAGGCGAUUGAAUGCCCACAGCGUGUUGUUGAUGAGGAGGUGAUUGCUGCCGACGGCGGGUACGAGGAGGUGUUUGCCAUCGACCCGGCGCCCAACACCCCGCACUCCCUCAUCAGCACCACCACCCACCACCACCACGACGACGGUACUGGUGGUGGUGGUGAGGACUACGACGGUGAUGUUAGUACUGGUGAUCACCCCCACGAUCCUCAAUUGGAACAACAGCGAUUUGCACAGGAGUGCGCAAGACAACAGCUGUUUGAUGACGUGUGGACAGAGGCGAUACCAGUCAUUGCCCCCGCGCUCGAUUCGUUCCUGCAGUGCAUUGAACGCAUGCACCACCGCAGCUAUGACAGCUAUGGUGAUGAUGGUGGCGGUCGGUUUUGCAGUGGCACCUCGUCAGCUGAGGUACUCAGCUUUGAUGACGAGGAUGCUGACGAUGACAUGGACAGCUUUGUUGGGUACGGGCAGGAGCUGGACGGGUUUGCAACGAGCGAAUUUGACGAUGAUGAUGAUGACGAUGAUGAUGAUGAUGUGGCGACCGUGUAUGGUGAGGAUGAUGGCAGUGGUGGUGUGGCGGUGAGCGUUGAACACGGCCGUGAUGGGCACACGCAUGUCAUCGCAGAAGAAGAAGAAGACGAAGAAGAGCAGCAGUACCCCAGCGCUCACGAGGAUGAUGAUGAUGAUGAUGAUGAUGAUGAUGAUGAUGAUGAUGAUGAUGAUGAUGAUGUGACAGAAGUGCCAUCAGAGGACAUGAGUCUUGUUGACGAUGAUGCCAUGAGUGCGGACAGCGCGUCCGCCUCCACCGUCUUGCAUAACGACAGUGCACGUGCUGACGACGCCGAGAGCGCUGUCGAGUACCGGAGCGAUUUCGAAGAACUUGACGAAGACGGAUGCGAUAAUGACGAUAAUGACGACAACGGCAACAGUGUCAGUGUCAGCGGUGGUGGCGUUGGUGGUAGUGAUGAUAGUGCUGGCACUACCAACCUGUCUGUCGCCGUCUCGGACACAGACACGUGUGCGAGCGAGAGCGAGGUUGGGGACGCAAGCGGGUACGAUGAAGAUCGCGCUGCUGGUGGAAAUGAGACUACGCAGCGAGGGAGGCGACGACGAAAACGACACACGCGCUUUGCACACGGAACGAAACAGAGCCCAGACCAGCGGCACCAGCACCAACAACAGCAUCAGCAGCAUCAUUCGCGAUCACCAAGGCGAGGGACGGCAGCAUCGGGAACAGCGACGAGCACCACAUCACCAUCGGGCGUUACGAUGGACAGCAACAAGCUCUCCCCUUCAACCUCAACAACAGCGCCAACAACAGAUGGUGGUGGUGGUGGUGGUGUGAUUGGGCGAUUCAGAGGACGAUCACGCUCAUCCACCAUUGGCUCUGAAGGGUCUGAUGAUAGCCGUCCCCGACACGAUGAACUGCUGGAAGGGAUUGUGGUGCGCGGCGUUGCUGCUGGACACGAGGGGCCACCCCCAACACGCCAACAGCAGUACAAACAGCAACAGCAGCAGCAGCAGCAACAGGCAAGGCGUGAGUAUGGUGCGGGUGAAGUGGGCGAUAAUGUGGACGGGUGGGGUGCGAGAGCUGAGCGGAAGCGACAACAGAGCGAGCAGACAGACGAUGGUGAUGACGAUGAUGAUGACUUUGAUCACGAUGAUGACGACGGUGGUCGUGGUGGUGAUGACGGCUCGCUGUCACCGCCACCGCCGGCCGUGUAUUCGACAACGCUCCCCGUGAGCGAUGAUGAAGGCGAUGACAUUGGCCCAUUGCAGGCGCGGGGCAGCAAAGGCGAGAUGGUCGGUGGCGGUGGGCGACGGAAGCCACGCAUGUCGUACCCAACGUUUGGAGUGAACAUGCCAGGACUGCUGGACACACACACGGAGGGCGAACAUGAGGAGCAGCAACAUGGUGCGCUGCUUCGUGGCGCCACCGUCAUCAGCCUCGAUGGCACCUCCCUCGGUUCGAAAUUGGUGAAUCUCUUUGUUGGGACCAUGCAGUGCACAGUUUUAUGA